AUGGGUCAAGUCCCUCUGCCUCUGGAUGGCAUCUCCACUGGCGACUCAGACAUUGAACGGUCCAACAUAACCGAGGUUACGAACAUUAACCAUGUCAAGGGGAAAUCAAAUCCUGCCGCGCUUGGAGAGUCAACCACAGUCAUAGCAGAUGGGAUUGAUAUCCCUCUCAACAUCGAUGCGCUAGAUCCGGCAUUCCAGCUCUCAGAAUGUUUGCGAUCACACGGUAUCGAAGGCCUCCUCGAGGAGGACUACCCAUCAUCCCUCGAUACGAGAUACCAAUCACCAUUUGCAUGGCCAUUACGAAAGAAGAUCACGGUGCUCUUUGGGACCUUCUUCGCCUCGACCCUAGCCGCCUACUCUGCCGGCGCUUAUGCCAUGGCCGCUGCCCCCCUGGUUGAGAAAUGGCGUCUCACGAACACCCAAUUCAACCUAGGCAUCACCCUCUUCGUCUUGGGUUUCGGCUUCGCGCCCAUGAUACUAGCCUUGAUCAGCGAGAUCUACGGCCGCUACUGGGUCUUUGUCGGUUCAGGUGCCGUAUUUUUCCUGGGAACCCUGGGCUGCGCGGUGACACAGUCGUUUCCUGGCAUGUUGGUCUCUCGUCUGAUUACAGGCAACGGGGCAUCAGUCUUUGCGACGCUGACCGGGGGCGUGGUGGGAGACGUAUUCCACAAGGAGAAUCGCAACACGCCCAUGGCCCUUUACUCGCUCACGAUCAUGAUUGGAACCGGGUUGGGUCCCAUGAUCAGCGGUAUAAUCGUUGACAACCUCCAUUGGAGAUGGAUCUUUUACGUGCAGAUGAUCACUGUCAGUUCUACCACGUUAGCCAUCUUCAUCUUCUUCGCCGAGACGCGGAGUAAUGUUGUACUUGAGCGGAAGUGCGUAACUCUCAACAAACAUUUCGACGGUAUUCGCCUGCAGCGGGUCUCGUCGCCGAUUGGGGACAAGACUGGAUUGCGGCAAGGCACCGAGCAGCUUGGCGAGGGCCAGUCGCAUUCUGUUCGUGUCCAGUUCCGCGCCCAUUUUGAGGGUCCUGAGCUUGAUAUGAGUAUCCUUUGGCGGAGCUUCUCCUUCCCCCUGAAACUUCUUUGCACCGAAUCCGUCGUCUUUUGGUUCUCCGCCUGGGUUUCAUUCGCGUGGGCGAUCCUAUACAUGCAGUUCAACAGUAUCGGUCUGGCAUUCCGCUCCGUGUAUGGCUUCAACAGCAGUCAGGUAGGAGGUAUCUACACUUCAGUCAUUGUUGGAUCGGUAAUCGGGGCGGUGAUUACAAUCUUCCAGGAGCCGAUCUUCAAGAAGUUCAUGCCUCAACGGAUGGCAACGCCGGAAGGAAGACUCUAUUCUGCAUGUGUUGAGUCACUCUUCCUGCCGAUCGGGCUGUUUUGGUUUGGCUGGAGCUCGUCUCCCAACGUACCUUGGAUUGUGCCCGCACUCGCAAUCACCUCCGUGACGGUUGGCAUAUUCACCAUCUAUCUGGCUGUCUUCAACUAUCUGGCGGACACCUACCACCGAUAUGCCUCCUCCGCUCUAGCAGCACAGUCUAUGUGCCGGAAUCUGCUUGCCGGAGUGUUCCCUUUGUUUACAAACAUCAUGUUUCAGAGGCUUGGGUACGGUGUUGCGGGAAGUCUACUAGGUGGCAUUGGUUUGCUUCUUUCGCUUGUCCCUUGGUUGCUGUGUAUCUAUGGGGAGAAAAUCAGGGGUCGCAGUCCUUUUGCCGGGCAACUCAAAGCAGGUUGA